UUUACACAAACACUUCACAAGCAAUCAAUUACUCUUCUCGCCGGAAAAUCAAAGAUGUCGAUUCAGACCGCCAAUAACCACCGCGAGAACGCCGAGAUUAUCACCGGCGACUCUCUCCUCUGCAAGCAAAAAUCAAAAGAAAUCUUGGAGAAGAUUCACAUGCCGAAAGGUCUCCUACCUUUAGACGACAUCGAAGAAAUGGGUUACAAUGAGACGACCGGAUACGUCUGGUUAAGACAGAAGAAAGGAAAGGAACACAAAUUUAAGAUGAUCGGAAAACAGGUCUGGUACGAUACAGAAGUUACGGCAUUCGUGGAGAAUCAACGUUUGGGACGGCUGAAGGGAGUGAAGAGCAAGGGAUUGUUGAUUUGGAUUACGAUUAAUGAGAUCUAUAUCGAUGCUAAAGAUCCGGAGAAGAUUACUUUUGGUACUUCGGCUGGAAUUUCUAAAUCUUUUCCGACCAAGGCGUUUGAGGAGGAGUGAAACAAAAUGACGAAGACACGGUUAUAUCGAUAUUUUCGUUAUAGAUAUAUCGAAAAUUCCGUACUAUAUAAUAUUUAUAAAUUAAAAAUAUAUAUUAUAAAGAUAUGAAUAAUGAAUAAUAA